UGAGCACAGAUUAAUACAGAUUAGGAACAGAGCGUCAGGUCUCAUACACACUUAGGCCUAGUAUGAACACACACUUGUAUGUCUCCAUUAAGGAAUAACAUUGACAUCUCUCAACCAGACACAGGGAUUUUGUGACGGUACGUGUGUGUGUGUGUGUGUUAAUGAUAUUUUAAUCCAUAAUGUAACAUUAUAGCUAUGGGAUUUGUUUUAGGGUUGAGGUCAAUAUUGCUAAAUUUGAUCUGUCCCUUACUCUCCCUUACUUAAUAUUUAUUUCCCUUGUUUACCCUUAGUUCCAUAGAAGUGUUUGGCGAAGAUACAGGAGAGAUGCUGCUCUCUCUAGCUUGGCCUGUCCAUCAGCUGGCCUUGUUGUAGCCUGGACCGUGUACCAAAGGUCUGUUCUGUGAGAGAGAUGACUGAUGGCUGAAUGAAUGUUUAACCCACUGUGCCAAUGGGGAUGUCAGUGUGUGUGUGUGUGUCUGUGUACAUGGAGAGGUGAAGGACCUGAUAGGUUAGUUUGAUGGUGGGUUCACAAAAACAACGAGAGAGGCAUAAUAUACUGAGCCGUAGAGAGACCUAGAGAGAGGAGGAAAGAGACAAAAAAAGACAAAAGUCAGGAUUGAGACUGUAGAGUAGAACAAGAAUUGAGAGCGAGAGAACAUCAUUCAUCAAAAGCCAGAAUUCUUAUCACAGUCGUAGCAAGCUAGUGUAACACUCCAUCUGGAGGGUCUGGAGAGUGGCUACGGAGUGUUAUGGUGAGGAACAUGGUUUCAAUCAAGUUACCAGCCAGUCGGUAGGUCAGUCUUUGCUAACCAGUAUGUGUCUGAGAGAGAGAGAGUAAGGAGUUACCACAGGAUUGGAACUGGUUCUAUGGCCAGUUACAGUCAAAGAGAGAGCAGCGUGUUUAGAGGAUUGUAACAGGCAACAGUGCUGUCAUAACAGUCGUGUUUGUAGUAGAAGAGAGUGUAGUGUUUGUGUUAGUGUGGGGAAGGAUGACCAGUGAGUGUAUGAGUUAAAAGGACGGAGAGCUGGAGUUAACUGAAACAGCAGCAAGAGGGUUCAUCAUCAUCAUCAGUCCCACCACAGCCAUGGCGUCAGCCGCUCUAGAACUGAUGGGUUUCUUCAUGGGUCUGCUAGGCAUGCUGGGUACCCUGGUGUCCACAGUGCUUCCCUACUGGCGGACAUCUGCCCACAUUGGGCCCAACAUCGUCACUGCCGUCGGCAAUAUGAAGGGCCUCUGGAUGGAGUGUGUCUACCAGAGCACCGGAGCCUUCCAGUGUGAGACCUACAACUCCAUGCUGGCCUUACCCUCAGACCUCCAGGCCUCGCGGGCCCUGAUGGUGGUCUCUGUGGUCUUUUCUGUCCUGGCCAUCGCCAUCUCCACCGUGGGCAUGCAGUGCACCAUCUGCAUGGAGGGCUCGGCGGCUAAAGGCAGAGUGGCCGGUACUGGGGGAGGCCUCUUCCUCACCGCGGGGUUCCUGGCUCUGAUCCCGGUGUCGUGGACGACCCACGAGGUGGUCCAGACCUUCUACCAACCCAACCUGCCCAGCAGCCUGAAAUACGAGCUGGGGGACUGUCUGUACGUGGGGCUGGCCGCCGCUCUGCUCUCCAUGCUGGGCGGGGGGCUGCUGUGUGUCUCCUGCUGCGAGAAGCAGGAUGUGGGGCGCCAUGGAGGGAGGAGACACGGCGGAGGGUACCCCUACCCAGCCACAGGCAUGGGGGUAGCCACUGGGGGGGUCAGGACCAGCUCACAGACCUAUAGGAACCCAACGCUCCAGAUGGGGGUGAACGCUGCCACCAAGGCAGCGACCCUGGCGAGGAGUCACACCAGCACUACUACCCAGUCCAGCACCCCCGCCCAGGGGGCCAAGAAAGACCCACGCCGCAACCCUGCGGCGGGCUACGAUGUCACCGGGACACCCACAAGCCUCGUCUGAAGGCAGGCCGGUACCAGUUUAAAACAUGAAUGGAAGUAUAUAAUGGUAGCUUAGUACCCCAGAAAAUGUGUUAAAUAUUGGUAAACAAUACAUAUAAUAAUUUCCUGAUCUGUCUUAUAUCUCUCAGAUACAGGACAGACACUUUAAAACAAACGUCCUUUUGAUUUUCUUUUUUUACUCUGUUUUUCCAUGUAUGAAUCUGUUAUUCAAUG